AUGAAGAAGCUCAAGCAUCUAAUCGCGAAACUAGGAACCACACCAGCUCCGCAUUCAAUACCCCAAUCCUGCCUUUUUUCUCGCUUGCCUACCGACGUCCGCAUCACAGGCGCGCCUCGAACCGUCAAGAUGGCUGAAGAGGAGGAUUACAGCUCAAUCCCUUUGACCGAUCGCUUCACUCAUAAGGUUUGGAAAGUUCGCAAAGGAGCCUACGAAGAAGCUGCCAAACAAUUCGCACUUACGCCUGACGAAUCCGAUCCUUUUUUUCGCCCAUUCCUAAGCGAUGUCGGCCUCUGGAAAUCCGCAGUUUUAGAUGCCAACGUCGUUUCGCAGCAAGAAGGUGUGAUUGCCCUCUGCGCAUUUCUCAAAUACGCUGGGCGAGAUGCCGGCCUCCGCACACGCAACCACACAGUGGCUCCGAUAGUCGAAAAGUGCCUUUCGAGUUCAAGAGCAGCCACAAAGCAGAAUGCAAUCGAGGCCCUUCUAUUAUAUGUUGAACUGGAUGUCGCUGGACCAGUGAUCGAGGAUAUUCUGCCGGGUUUGGCACAUAAGACCCCAAAAAACGUCGCCGCAGCUCUCCAGGCUCUGACUCAAAUUGUCCACAACUAUGGUUGCAAAAUCGUUGACCCAAAGCCCAUACUCAAAGCGCUACCGAAGGCUUUUGGCGCUGCAGACAAGAACGUCCGAGCCGAGGCUACCGGUCUAACCGUCGAAUUGUAUAGAUGGCUGCGUGAAGCUAUGAAGCCGCUGUUCUGGGGAGAGCUGAAGCCCACGCAGCAAACCGACCUCGAAGCACAAUUUGAAAAGGUCAAAGCGGAACCACCUCCCAAACAAGAGCGUCUUCUGCGCUCCCAGCAAGAUGUUGUCGAGACUGCACCCGAAGCUGGCGAAGACGGAUAUGAUGAGGGUGGCGAUGAGCAGGACGGUGGUGAAGAACUAGAUGCCUUCGCUUUGGCAGAACCUGUUGAUAUUAGCCACAAAAUUUCCCCCAACUUCACCGAGCUGCUGGCUUCGUCGAAAUGGAAAGACCGCAAGGAAGCCGUGGACGGUCUAUACGAAGCCCUCAACGUUCCUCGCAUCAAGGAAACCGACUUUGGAGAGGUCAAUCGAGGCCUCGCAAAAUGUAUGAAAGACGCCAAUGUUGCUGUUGUCACCCAAGCUGCGCUUUGCAUCGAGCUUCUAGCCAAGGGGCUUCGUCGCAGUUAUGCCAAAUAUCGCGCUGUUGUCAUGCAGCCUAUCAUGGAGCGCCUCAAGGAGAAGAAACAAACCGUUUCCGAUGCAUUGGCUGCCGCACUUGACGCUGUGUUUGCUUCUUCUAGCUUUUCAGACUGCAUGGAAGACAUCAUGACUGCUCUCGGCAACAAAAACCCUCAAGUCAAGGAAGGCACGAUGAAAUUUCUCAUACGAUGUCUGCGCACUACUCGAGAUGUGCCCACAAAGCCCGAGAUCACCGCCAUCUGUGAGUCUGGAAAGAAGCUUCUUGCCGAGUCAACUCCUUUCUUGCGUGAUGGCGGCGCCGAGAUUCUAGGAACUGUCAUGAAGAUCAUCGGCGAACGAGCCAUGACACCACUUAUUGAAGGACUAGAUGACAUCAGAAAGACCAAGGUGAAGGAAUUUUUUGCCAGCGCAGAAGUCAAAGCGAAGGAAAAGCCGAAGCCCCCUCCCGCAGCGAAGGCUGCUCCAGCCGGGACCAGGAAAGUCGUUGGAGGCAAACGCCCAGCCGCAAAGAAGGCUGCCCCAGCUAUGCCGGCUGCAGAAUCACCCUCUAAGCCUGCUGGCCCCGGAAGCAAGCUAGGUAUGCCCAAGUCGUCUGGCCUGGGCGGACUGAAGGCGCCUCAGAAGCGAACUUUGGCAACGCCAGGGACUGCCUCUCCGCGCAGACCUGCGGCCGGCCCACCUAUCAUGCCCUCUGAUGAUGAUCCAGUCGUGGCGCCACCACAGCCUCGAAUUGGAGCCUCCCGAGGCCUGGCCGGACGCUCACUUGCCAAGCCAGGUGCUGCGCCAGCCAUGCCUCCGCCAGACUCGCCUCCCCCCGUAAGCGGUUUUAGCGCUGUUGAGCGCGCUGAGCUAGAAGAACUUCGAGCAGCCAACGAGAGGCUCACCCGGCAGGUUGAUGACAUGAGGCAGGAAAGAAGCAAGUUCCUGUCUGAGAUCCAGGAGCUGAAAAACCAGAACGCUGGGCUUAUUGAAGAUCACACGCGUGAUGUCCUGAGCAUCAAAGCCAAGGAAACACAGCUAGUUCGAGCCCGAAGUGAUGCUGAGGCAACUGAAGGAGUCAACGACAGGCUCAGACGUGAGCUUGAGCGCCUGAAGAGGGCAUUGAGCAAAGCUGAGACCAUCGGCGGAGGCUCUGGUGUCAUUAGUCCCGCCAUCACUUCUCCGACUCGCGAUGAUGUCGGCAUUUUCCAUGAUUCUGGCUCAAUCUCUGGUGGCUACCACAGAGCAAGCUUCGCCAGUACCAUGUCAGAGGAAAAAGAGAAUGGCGAGAUGGUGUAUCCCAGGAGCAAAAUUAGUCCGGAACUUCGAUACGGAAGCGGAACGUCAUCCGGCCGUGGUUCGCCAGCCCGCGGGUACCGCACGUCGCACCCUCCUAGAGAGGAAGGUGUUGAUACUACGGUUCCUCCCAGAAGAGAACGGCCCGUAUCCUCCCUUCCUCAACCCUCUGGUGGUGGUGAGAGCUGGCGCCGUGCUGCUGAGGUGACGAGUCAGUUGAAAGCACGUAUUGAGCAGAUGAAGGUGGUGCGAUGA